AUCCCACCCCGCCGGGCGGUCACCUCGGCAGGAGGAGCCGUCACUUCGCCUCCGCUCCCGCAGAGACCUGACGGCAGCGAGCCCCGCCGCGCCGCGCCAUGCAAGCAGGGAAGGCAGCCGAGAGCAGGCAGAACGCCGGCCGGCCCCUGCAGCUCACCAUGAAGAGGGGCUACGAGGUGCUCCGCGACCCCCACCUCAACAAGGGCAUGGCUUUUACCUUGGAGGAGAGGCAGCAGUUGAAUAUUCAUGGAUUAUUGCCACCUUGCUUUCUUGGUCAAGAUGCUCAGGUUUUUACAAUUCUUAAGAAUUUUGAAAGGCUGACAUGUGACCUAGACAGAUACAUUCUACUAAUGAGUCUUCAGGAUCGAAAUGAAAAGCUUUUCUAUAAAGUGCUGGCUUCUGACAUUGAAAGGUUCAUGCCUAUUGUUUAUACUCCCACUGUGGGACUGGCUUGCCAACAAUAUGGGUUAGCAUUCCGGAGGCCAAGAGGUCUUUUUAUUUCUAUCCAUGACCGGGGCCACAUUGCUACAAUGCUUAAAUCCUGGCCAGAAAGUGUCAUCAAGGCUAUUGUGGUGACUGAUGGAGAACGUAUUCUUGGUCUUGGAGACCUCGGCUGUUAUGGAAUGGGCAUUCCUGUUGGUAAACUGGCACUUUAUACGGCAUGUGGAGGAGUAAAACCCCAUGAGUGUCUACCAGUGAUGUUGGAUGUGGGAACAGAUAAUGAGACAUUGUUGAAAGAUCCUUUGUAUAUUGGGCUGAGACACAAGAGAAUUAGAGGUCAAGCCUAUGAUGAUCUUCUUGAUGAAUUCAUGGAAGCUGUGACUUCAAGAUAUGGCAUGAACUGCCUCAUUCAGUUUGAGGAUUUUGCUAAUGCUAAUGCAUUCCGCCUCCUGCACAAGUACCGAAACAAGUACUGCACUUUCAAUGAUGACAUUCAAGGAACUGCAUCUGUUGCUGUUGCAGGUCUCCUUGCAGCUCUGCGUAUUACCAAGAACAGGUUAUCAGAUCACACAGUGUUGUUCCAGGGAGCUGGAGAGGCUGCACUAGGGAUAGCAAACCUCAUUGUAAUGGCUAUGGAAAAAGAAGGGAUUUCCAAAGAUGCAGCUACCAAAAGGAUAUGGUUGGUUGACUCAAAAGGAUUAGUAGUAAAGGGGCGUGCCUCAUUAACAUCUGAGAAGCAGCGUUUUGCCCACGAACACGCUGAAAUGAAGGAUCUAGAAGAUAUUGUUAGAGAUAUAAAGCCAUCUGUGCUAAUAGGAGUUGCUGCAGUUGGUGGUGCUUUUACUAAACAAAUUCUUCAGGAUAUGGCUGCUUUAAACAAACGUCCUAUAAUUUUUGCUCUCAGCAAUCCUACCAGCAAAGCAGAAUGCACUGCUGAGCAGUGCUACAAAUAUACAGAGGGACGCGGCGUUUUUGCCAGUGGAAGUCCUUUCAAUCCUGUCACUCUUCCAAGUGGACAAACUCUCUAUCCGGGACAGGGUAACAAUUCCUAUGUGUUCCCAGGAGUUGCCCUUGGUGUUAUUUCAUGUGGACUGAGACAUAUUGAUGAGGAUGUAUUCCUUACAACUGCUGAGGUUAUAGCUCAGGAAGUUUCAGAGGAGAAUUUACAGGAAGGUCGUCUCUACCCUCCAUUAGUCACUAUUCAGGAUGUGUCACUGAAAAUUGCUGUGAGAGUAAGUCAUUUCAGCCUUUUGUGGCUUCUCUUCUUCCCAUACUCUCUACAUAAUUGAAGAUUUGAUUUGAUCAACCAGCACACCUUCACACAAGUCGAGGUUGGUUUACAUCAAUCAAUAUUGGACACGUAGCAGUUUCAAAAUUAAACUUCAAUUCAUAAAUGUAAAUGUAAUCCCAAAUGCAAGAAGGAGAGCCACGGAACUGUAGCAAGUGUUUGUCUGUAGAGCCCAGACUGUGCUGUCCACCAGCCAGGAGCAGGUUCCCAGCCCCAGUCGUGCCAGCUGCACAUCUCAAGGCUUUCGGCCCUUCAUGGUUAUCAGUUGCCUGUCAAGGGAGUAAAUGUCCACCCGUGCCCAGGCACUCUUCCCUCUUGUUCCCAUUGUUAUUCUGGCCUAUCAAAAUAAUAACUACAGGGAAUGCUUUUUGUUUAUGGCUUGGGUUUAGGUCAGCAGAUAAUAGGUUGAUUGUUUUAUUACCAGCAAAUACAGAGCUGGAUUCUCAGAAACUGACCUAAACCCACAGUUUUCCAAGAAAUUUGGCUGUCCUGGAGAGGAGAAGCUUUCAAAUACUGCAUUUAGCAUUUAUCUCAGUUCCUCUCUUAUUCUGUUUUUAGGGUGGGGGGUCAAUAUUUUAGGAGGUUAUUUUGCUGGUCUUCUGUGGCCUUUUUUUUCUCUAAUGAUUGUUUUUCUCUUUGUUACCUUAAUGUGAAUGAUUCCACUUACUCCAUAUUCUUUUGAAAGAAUAACAAGGAGCCCUCGUGCAUGAAACAGUUUCCCUAUAUUGAUUCACUUUUGUGUAUUUAAAAAAAAAAAUUCCCACUCACAGUUUAUGUCAUCUUAGGCAAGUAAAAACUCUGUUCUGUAGAUGCCAAAAUGUUACCUGGAUUCCUCAGGCAAAAUCAAAUUAUGUUUGGCAGAAAGAUACUGAGAGAAAUUCCUCUUCUACUUGUGCAUGUUAUAUA